AUGGCGGGGGUAACAUCAUUUACUUUAGAUAAAGCACUUGGCGAGCUUGGAGGUACUAGGAAUCCGGAUUGUUUGCGGCUUUGGCAGCGAUUUUCCAAGGCGACUGGUGGAUCUAGUGGGCUCAACAUGCCCCGUAGAGGAGAGAAAGGAGUCCUAGGUGAACGAAAUCGCCAAACAUCAGCUAUUUGGAAGAGUCUCACCCGAGAGCAAAAACGAGUAUUCCACCCACCAAUAUUCUACAGCCUAUCUGGUCUUCCUCGUCCCCCAUCAAACAACGACAGCGAUGAUGAUGAUGAUGCAGAUAUCACCUUGACUCCCGAAGAACGAUCUCAAUUGCAGCAAUUGUAUGAUGAAAUGGUAUCAACCUCAAAGGUAUCCAGCGUCUAUGCAAAGGUAGCUGCUGGAAUACCUCAAGGUGGGACAUCACUGCCCGAUUAUAACCAGCGAUCAUUGAAGUGUGUUAAAAAACUUCACAACCAGAUCGAAACCGAGUCCAAUCACAUGGACUUUGCUUAUUAUUUCCUUGCAGCGAGUAAUCACGCUCUUACACAGGGUAGUUCGCAAGCACCGGGAUGGUGUCAAGAGUUUACCUCUCAUGAUCAAAUGUCAGCAUUUUUUGAAGAGAAGUGCAAUUUUCCUACCGUUUUUGCUUCACACGUACAAGGUCUGUCGGUGAACGCUGUGAUUGCAACUGAGAUCGGCAGGCGAACAACCAACAACAGUAUCAAGGUUUCAAACGGCGAUAAAGUGAAGGGAGACUUAGCAAAACAAUUGCGCACUUUGUUGGUACUGACAAAUCCAAAUACACCAGAGAACACGAUCAAAUGCAAAACAUUAGGAUUUCCCCGAGGUCCAGACCCUUUUACUCUUUUGCCACAGAAGGGCUACCCAGUCGAGCUUAUCCAGCUUCCUGGUUCAACCCUGCCUCGCGAGAUCUUAAAGCUAGGUUUCAAUGCGAUGAAUAGCAAGCGAUCACUCUGGCUCAACGAUCUCAACGCUGGACUGUUCACAAUGAAGAUGGUCAACGGCGAUUCCAACAACCAAAAUGUGCAAAAUGAAGAGAUUCGAGAGCAAGAUGAACAGAUUCAAGAGCAAGAUAAGCAAAAUGAAACAAGUACAAAUGAAGCUAAUAACACAGGCCUUGAUACUGACAAAGAUUUGGAAGAGGAAGAGGAGUGGUUCGGGUUGGGCAGUGCUGACUGA